AUGAGUCUAAAGGUGAAAGGACCGGUGGACUAUGUGCCAGAGCUAUUUGAUGAGCAGAAGGAUCAAGUGACAGUGGAGCAGAUACUGCGGGUUGUUUUUCUGGAUGUGGAGCACCCCAAUCCUAUAAGUACUGCUCUUGAUAAAUUGAAGCGCCAGUUGACUGAGGCCGAGGCUGAGCUUGAAGCCCGCAAGAAGCCUCUGGAAUAUACUGGUCCGAAGAUUAUUGGUGAAGGCCUUGUCAUAGAUGAACGAAAAAAGAGAAGGGAAUGGUACCUUGCUCGACAACAGAUUGAAGGGGUAGACUCCUUAUAG